AUGGCAGUCACUUCUCAGUCACAUGGCAGUCACUUCUCAGUCACAUGGCAGUCACUUCUCAGUCACAUGACAGUCACUUCUCAGUCACAUGGCAGUCACUUCUCAGUCACAUGCCAGUCUCUUCUCAGUCACAUGGCAGUCACUUCUCAGUCACAUGGCAGUCACUUCUCAGUCACAUGCCAGUCACUUCUCAGUCACAUGCCAGUCACUUCUCAGUCACAUGCCAGUCACUUCUCAGUCACAUGCCAGUCACUUCUCAGUCACAUGCCAGUCACUUCUCAGUCACAUGCCAGUCUCUUCUCAGUCACAUGCCAGUCUCUUCUCAGUCACAUGCCAGUCACAACUCAGUCACAUGCCAGUCACAACUCAGUCACAUGCCAGUCACAACUCAGUCACAUGGCAGUCACUUCUCAGUCACACGCCAGUCACAACUCAGUCACACGCCAGUCACAACUCAGUCACACGCCAGUCACAACUCAGUCACACGCCAGUCACUUCUCAGUCACACGCCAGUCACUUCUCAGUCACACGCCAGUCACUUCUCAGUCACACGCCAGUCACUUCUCAGUCACAUGGCAGUCACUUCUCAGUCACAUGGCAGUCACUUCUCAGUCACAUGGCAGUCACUUCUCAGUCACAUGGCAGUCUCUUCUCAGUCACAUGGCAGUCACUUCUCAGUCACAUGACAGUCACUUCUCAGUCACAUGGCAGUCACUUCUCAGUCACACGCCAGUCACUUCUCAGUCACACGCCAGUCACUUCUCAGUCACAUGCCAGUCACUUCUCAGUCACAUGCCAGUCACUUCUCAGUCACAUGCCAGUCUCUUCUCAGUCACAUGCCAGUCACAACUCAGUCACAUGCCAGUCACAUGCCAGUCUCUUCUCAGUCACAUGGCAGUCACUUCUCAGGCACAUGGCAGUCACUUCUCAGUCAUAUGGCAGUCACUUCACAGUCACACGCCAGUCACUUCUCAGUCACACACCAGUCACUUCUCAGUCACAUGCCAGUCACUUCACAGUCACAUGCCAGUCACUUCUCAGUCACAACUCAGUCACAUGACAGUCACAACUUAG